GGUGUAAUGGAUAUGUGCUUGAAAUUUCAAGAAGGAAGACAAUGGUUUACAUAGUUUUAAACAUUCGUAGCAAAAGGUGUUAUGAGAUAAUAUCAUAAAAAUGGUUUUAACAGGAGAGGGGAUAAAAACCAGAUACUAUGCCACAUAAUCCGUCGAAUUUCAAAAUAUUUUCAAAUUUUUCUGACGUGGCAUAUGAGAUUGAAAUCCUUCAAAGUGCAUUAUGGGAACUGCAGUGAUGAAAUUGGUUAUCAUCAUCACAUUCAUCUUAGACGCGUAUCUGAGUGAAGCACAGAAUCAGUCUUUAGGAUUUGGAGUUGAGAAACCAAUAGAUGUCCCCGAUGGAACGUUCGAGGGGAAGGAUGUCGCAUCAAAAUUUGAUAUAUUCGACGGUACGGAUAUUGGCAAAGAAACUGCCACAGCAGUCAAUGUACCUGAUGAUAUGCAUACGGAUAAUGUUCAUCAUGACAAUACAACAGCACCAUUGAAUACUACAAAUAAUGCAACAACAGCAGUUAUUCCAGCUCUACCAUCGACUCCACCCAUUAUCACAUUCGAAGGUAGUACACAGUCAACAUCAACUAUAGAAGAAAAUGUAGUUGAGACAACAGCCCAAAUGACUAGUAAUCCACCGCCAUCGUCUACAAACUCGACGUAUUCCCAGUUAACUUAUACAACUCCUAUUACUUCUGAUACCCCAACAAGUAAGGUAUUGGUAACACCAGAUACCACACUUGCACCAGGUUUUACGCCUGUUACUGUAACUGUAAAUCCUGUUGGGGAUUCCGUGAUAACAGAGACAAGUUCCGAAACAUCACCUAAAGAUACAUUUGUAUCUGUUCCGACAACACCAGCCAGCUUUAGACAUUCAACCAAUGAUUCAAUGAUAUCAUCAUCUAUAGAGCCUUCACAAAACAUUUAUCAAUCCUCACCUACUACACAAAAUGUUCGGACUACAUUCCAAUCAGCUGCUCUGACAAGUGCCAGUAUUGUUACAGAGCCAACUACCGAGACGCAUGCCGGUGGGUUUGACAAAGACUCUGUGACAACGUCACCAAAACAAUCAUCCACCUCUACAUGGCUAACUGAUGCGACAAUCAAUCAAAAAACAUUUCAAGAACAAACAUCUCAGAUGGAAAUAACUGAUGUUAAUGAGAUGACGGAAACUCCAGUAUCAGCUUUAUCCCCCGUUGAAAGUUCUACAUCCCUGCCAGUAGUCCCAACUUCGGAUAUGGAGCGUGUUUCAACCAUGGCACCAAAACACACGAGCUCAGUGCAAAUCACGAAAACUGUACCUGAGCGUAGUACUCAAGAGAAUUCAAAAUUCACUACAUCUGUGCCGGAUAUAAACAACGAGAACGACACCACACUGCAGGAACCAUUUCAUGAAACUGUAACACCGGAUAUUACAUCAGCAAGCGUUCCAAGUUUAACAAGUGAGUCUGUAUCAGACGUUUCAGAAGCCAGUCAAGAGAAUUCGCCUGAUAUAUUAUCUUCUGAUCCAGUAACACCACAUGGUAUAAUAACAACACCUCUCAAUAUACCAAUCACAGAUAAAUUGACCACACAGUCCAUAACAUCAGCACCGACACGUGUCAACACAACAAUGCAAAGUAGUAUCACAACAAUUCAAACAUCAGAUACUGCCAGCAAAGCGAUUGAAUUAUCACCCAAACAGACGUCGCAUUUUUAUUCUAACGAGACUGAAUCUACCAGCAAGGAACAAAGCACAAACGAUGAAUCGAUAACAGAUAUGAUGCACACAGAUGAACCAUUUGAUACAUCAUCUGUAUUUACAACUGUACAAAGUUUUAUUACCGUAGCUAAUAAAUCAAGUGUUGAAGCUGUCAGAAAUAUUGAAAAUGUCACUGACGUCAUAGAUGACAAGGUCAAGGACAAGGAUGGAUAUGUUAAAGAUGCCAACAAAGAUGACAUAUAUGACAAUAAUGAUAAGAAAAAACUACAUGUCGAUAAUGACAAAGAAGAAAAAGAUAAAAAUGGUGAAGAAUUAAGUGAAUAUGACAAGGUUGACGAAGCUGGCAAGAUUGACGAACAUGCCAAAGAUGACGAUGAUGACAAAAAUGAGGAAAGUAGCCAAGUUGAACUAGACAUGGGUGACGAACUUGAAGGUGAUGAGAAGGGUAAGGAAGAUCAUAACGAUGACGAUAAUGACGGUGGUAAUAACAAGGAUAGAGAGCCCGAUAAGGAUGACGAGAGUUCAGAGGCUAAGACAAACAAAGGUGAACAGUUCGACAAGAACGACAAUGAUGAUGAAGACGAGAAUGUUGAGAGUGGCGCGCCUGACGAGAAGGAUGGAGAUGGUACAAAAAGCGAAAACAGUGAUAAAGAUAUUAGUACAGACAAAGUUGAAGGUAAUGAGAAAGAUGAUAGUGGUGAAGGUGAUAAUGAUGAAUAUAAGGAAGAAGAUAAAAAUAUCAACACCAAAAACGGUGAGCCAACAAAAACUAAAGAAAAUGUUGACACUCUUGAAGCCGUUGGAAUUGAAAUUGGAAAGAACACUAGCAGGACUGCAACUGAAAGUUUCUCAGUCCCUCAGACAAUGUAUGUCAGCGUUUUGCCAACCAACGCAGCAACAACUACACAAACUACAUCUUCUAUACCAAAUGAGAGUGGUAUAGACAUACCUCAAGGGCAAUCAUAUACAACCAUCAGACGUAAAUCAUACACACCAACGAAAAGGGCAGUCACUACAACAGUUAUUAUAUCAUUGACAACAUCAACAGCUUCAACCACUACUUCAGAAGCACCCAUUGUAACAACGACAACGACACCACCCGCAAUAACAUCAUCACAAACAACCAAAACGCAAACACAGUCCUCGAUGAAACCCAUAACAUCGAUAACCACAAACAGAGGAAACCCUGAUACGACGACAGAAACAACUCCGAAAGCAUUCGAAAAACAAACAGCUACAACUAAAUCUAUCGAUAUGACAACUGAACCAAGUACUUCCACACAAACAGAGAGAUCAACUACAAUUACUAAAGCCAGGACUACUAAACCAUACGUCACGACCAAACCUGUCUCCACUACGGCUACUACAGUUACGUCAUUUGGGUCUCUGGAAGCGUCUACUACAAUAGAACACAUGGAUAAUAAGCAAAACAUAUUAAACGGCAUUUCUUCAACGACGCAAAGCGUUCUUGAAUCCAAUGGUAUUUCUCCAACCACGGAAACUGUUAAAGAACCAAUAUCAACAAGUAUUUCAACCAUCCCAUCUACAAAAGAUGUCGCUAGACUCAAUAGGUCUGAGAAUAUUCUGACUGUUGUUGUCAAACAUGUUUCUUAUAAAAAGUUUGUGGAUCGCGAACUUGAAGAAUUCAAACACAAUUUUGCAAAGGCGGCCAGGGAGUACUGCCAUGGCGACGACACGUGCCCGACAAACAGCGAAUUCCAAACACGCCAGGUGGUAAUUGUUUCUGUUCAACAGAGGAACAGUAAUGUCGAGGUGAAACUCUACCUUGCCGAUCUCAACAACAACAGGUUCCCCAUCUUAACCAGACAGCAGCUAGAAAAUGUAAUUUCUCAUCACCAUAAGUCUCUGUCUACAGCAAUAGGGCAUCAGAUAGCUAUGAAGCACCCACUUAAUAAAUCAUCAAAGCAGUUGCAUUUACAGACAUGGAUUGUUGUGACUGUUGUUGUUGCAAUAAUCGUUGGACUCAUUUGUGUUGCUGUAGGAAUCAGGAGUUGUGUGUCCGUGAAGAGAACACGAAAAUCAGGCUUUGACAUAAGUUGGGGUACGGACAAUGAUAUCGAACUGGCAAAGACUACAGUGACGUCAUUACCUCUAGAUGAUACUGUUGCCACAGAGGAAUCUACUAUGAAUUCUUCCAUGGUCACAGAAUGCUCAACUAUUGAUGAAAACAACAAAGUGGAUUGUGAUAUGUAACCAACUACCAUUAACACUGACAUAGUUCUAUGUUAGUAAUUGAUCAGCUGUAAGAUCAAAAAUAUAUGGGCUAUUUACAGUAUAGAAUGCUAUUAUGCCUAUAUUCCAUAUGAUAUUAAGUUCAUUUCGAAAUAUACAAUAAUGAAUCAAGUUAACUAUGCACAAGUCAGCUUGAAAGUUAUCACCAAUAAAAUUCAUUGACAUAUAUAUACAAGGUGUUCAUUAAGUUCGUCCAAAUUUUGAUUUAAACAUUAAGCUAUAACUUCGUUUAAGAAUUCGUUUUAAUAUAAUAAUGAAACAAUAUGCAUUUUAAUAUAUGACACUGGUUACUAAUAGCAACCAUAACAACUGAGAGGUAACAGUUUAUCACGUGAUAUAUCUAAUUGCAAAGUAAUACAAAAGUUAUAAAGAAUAAUGUAAAGAAUAUAUAAAUACAUCUCUUAAGUUAUGUUAUUGCUUAAUGUCUAGGCCUGUUAGAUGUUUGCAAAAACUUUAUGAACGCUUUGUAUAAUACAUAUAUCAUCUAAUUUGUUAUCUUAAUUAAGUAAAACAAGUGUGGGAGUCUAGGUGAGGAUAAAGAGAGGUGUGUUAUCUUCAAAACUAGAAUACGCCAUUCUCCAUAUGUGCACAUUUGAUAGUUCAAUAAUGAGGUUUUUCAUUUAAAAGGUGACAUCGUUUAAUGUAUGUGACACAAGCUGAACACUCAUCAAAUCAUUGCUCUUAUGCUAAGUAUGGGCCAUUAUUUACAUAUGUAUAACUACUAAUGAGAAUAUAUAACAUCACUUAUGAUUCACCAUCUGUAUUUAGGUAGGAUGUUAUACCUUCUCAGUUGUCUGUUAAUAUUUUCACAAAUAAGGUAGAAAUAUAGUUAUUUAAGUGAUUAGUAAACGAUGUAAUAGUAAUACGUUUACUCUCGACUCGUUCUUCACCAUUGUAUUUAUUGUGACGUGGUUUACAGGUGCAUUUCUGUGACGUGAUUUACAAGUGCAUUUUUGUGACAUGGUUUUACAGAUGCAUUUAUUAAUUAAUGGAACUGUACAUGUAAAUAUUUAUAUACGGUAAUUAAUAUAAUGCAUCUAGCUAAACAUAUACAAUACAUAUGUACACAAAUCUAAAUGUUUACAAUAUUAUUUACAGCUGAUCUAGAUAAUAAUACGUUGAUGAAAGAGGACUGUAAAUAAAAAAUUUAUUGUAUAAAA